AUGGCGUUCCCAAUGCUUACUUUCUCUUGCAACCUACGGACCAACCGCAAUGCCCGCAAUGUCGCCCCCACCAUCAAGUUUGUAGCUGGAUUCGAUGAACUAAAAGUUGUACUUAGAAAGGCCUCAUUUGUGGUCAUGAAAGUUGCUGCUCUGGAAAAUGUGCACGCAGAGCUGAAUAUAUGUACUCAUGAAAAAAUUUCUCGUGCACACACCAACUUUCCCCCGGCGGCACACGCCGACAUUCCCCCAUUCCCCGUUAUCCGCAUUACGCGUUCCUCUUUCUUAUCAUCUUUAACCCCUCCGAUGUGCAGCUACACUGCUUCAACACUAGCCAUAAGAGCCAAAUGCUCCCCCUCCUUUCACUACCUUUGUCUCCCCAACGAUCAACCGUUUUGCUGUCACCAUCCAUGCUGCCAAUUCUCUGUAAGCCCUCGUUUUUUCUCCGGAUAUCUCCUCGGCUUGUCCUCUCAAUUCCAUUCCAAAGUUCUCUUCCACGCAAGCCGCCGUAGACUUAGGGUUUUCUGCCGGAGUCGGGACUUCGACAUGAUGCGGCUCUUGGCCGAACCGGAGGAGAGAUUUACCGGUUUGGGGGAACCGGACUGGAGGAAAGCGAGGAGGGAAAUCCCAAUUGAAGGGGAGCGGGAGCGCCGAAGUUCGAAAAAGGAGGAAAUAACGGGGAUAUGCCCUCCUAGGAGUGAUGGGUUAAGCUCGGUUUGCGAUCCCGAACAUAAUAAAGUUGGAAGGGGAAGGGCUGGUGGAAAUUCCCAGGUUUGUUAUGGCAAUAGAAAGAAAGACACUGGAUAUAAUGAGGUUGAUGUUGCGGAGGAGGAAGUUCGGGAUGUGCACAAAUAUGUUGAUGACUCUUGGCGAGAGAGGAGAUAUAUUUCGAAGAGAGAUGUUAACCUUGAUUCAAGAAAAGAUGUGUCUACAAAGAGAUGCGAUAGUUUUAGGCAUUUGGGUUUUAAGAGUGCGGAGGAGAAGACUGCUGAUCGUGCCAAUUUGUCUCAGCAAGGGACUCUCAGGGAAAGUGGGUUAGAUGGAAGAUCGAAAAACGUUACAAGAAUACCUGAGGCUCAGUUGGACGAUGAGUUGGAUAAUGGCAAGCGAACUUCAGUUUCAACUAAUGUGAGGAAGAUCCAGAAAGAGAGUUCAGCUUCUGCUACUAGGCAAAAUGGUGACAUGGAUCAUCCAGUGGCUGGGCAUGAUAAACGGCGAAGAAGUUUAGUGGAACAAAGCAAAAUAGCACACUUCCGUUAUAAUGAUGCUCAGAGUGCUGCCUAUCGUCAGAGAGAUUUUGAAGAAAAAAGUAUCAGAGGAAGGGAGGAACGAGCCUACUUGGAACAAAAUUCAUCGCAAGUGUCACGAGAUAAAAGAGUCCACUUUCAUCGACAAGCAGUCGAGCAAGAUGAAUCUAGAAGAAGCACACAUAGGCUUAAUGAAGUUUCAUUGUCUCGUGGUAGUGACUUUGAAAGAACUUCGCCUAUUGAUGGCAAAAGUGUUAAUGUGAUGGAUGCGAUCCCUAAUCUGGCUCAGGAUUCAAGUCAGGAAUCCAGAGAUAAAAGGUCCCAGAUGGAGAUGGAAUUGCAUUUGUCUUUAGAAGACAUAUCUGAAAAAAGUGAGGAUAAGCUAAUCAUUGCAGGGAAUUCAAUUCAGUUGAGAGGAGGUGAGAGAAAGCAGAUUGAUAGAGGAGCUGUUGAGAAUGACAAGACACGAAGAAACUCACAGAUGCUUGGCGAAGUUUCGGAAGUUUAUAGCGUCAACAUGGAAGCACUUUCCCUUUCCAGGGAAAAUAGGGAGAAAUCCUAUUCUGUUCAAAGUUCAAUUCCUGCUAAAAAAGAUAAGGGAACCCAAGUAGAGAUGCAUGAUGCGUAUUACGAUCAGAUUGAGAUGCCCGGGUUUAAUGCAAAUAACAUUGUCAAUGCAACCAGCUCGUGGAAUUCUCCAGUAAGCAGAGUUGAUAUCCAAGAAUAUAGCCCUUUUCUGGCUUCUAAUCAGAUUUCUAACAUUAGAAUGCAAAAUGUCAAAGCAAACAAACAUGCUUAUCUUCUGUAUGAUGCUCCAAGGGAAUUUGAAAGAAGUGCUAGUGAGUUUGAUCUUGAAAGAAGCAAUAACAUAAGGAUUUCUAAUGCAAAUGAGAGUUAUAAUUCAAGGACGGAGAAUGAAAAAGCUUUUAUCUCAACAGAAACCUCUUCUUAUGUGUUGACUCAGGAGCAAGAGGAACAAAGAAGCUCCUUAGCUGGAGAGAGCUCCCAACCUGAAUCAAUGAAAAUGACUUCAACAGGUAGUUUACAUGCUAUUUAUAGCCCUCAACACACUUGCAGUGAACUAAACUAUGAUGCUGGUUGGGGUUACCAAAAAGGCCAAUACGACACAACAAAUUAUUCCACCGGAAAAUUAGAUAAAUCCUCCUCUUCACUUGCUGGCGAGUUUGUUGACAGGCUGCAGAAAGAAGUAGUUGCCCUGAAAGAGUCAGGAAAAACACCUAAUGUUUCUGUUGGAAUUCAAAUAGGAAAACCAAGCAGGAGAGAUUUUCAAUCAACUUUAAGAAUAGAGAAUCGAAAUAAAACCUCCUCAGCAGUGUUAACUGAAGAAAGAAAGGAGAGACUUAGUAGCCUGUUAGUAGGUGAUAACUCGCCGCAUAAGGCUCGGAAAAUAGCCUCAACUGGAAGCUCAGGUGAUGUUUCUAGUUCUGUAAAAAUUUACAGUGAAGUGGAUAAUCAUAGUGGCAGGGAUGAUAUCCGCCAUUUCACUCAUGAUACGGUUGAAUCUGUCUUUAAUAAAUCCUCUGUGUUCGGUUCAGAUGAGUUUGUUGAUGAGAUACAACAGGAAAAAAUCUCCCUGAACGAGUCAGGGAAGGAGCCUAGUUUAUCCAGUAGAAUUCAAAUUGAAGAGACAGGCAGGAGCCAGAGUGAAGGAACUGCUUUUAUGCAAGUAGGUGAACUUUCUGACAGCAGAAGGUAUGGAGAUGACAGGCACAUCAAAGAAGGUGGAAGACUGUCUUCAUCUGGAUCGGGAAUGAGGGGCCCCUCUGAUGAGAUGUUGGGUGAUGAAAUCCAAUCUUCUCAGGAAACUUCUAAUGCAGAAGAGCCUGAAGAGAAUUCUCCUACCUCAGAAGCAAUGGACUUAACAGCUCCUACUCUGGAAAAUGCUAUCACUAGGAGGUCUCCUAAAUCUUUGUGGUCAUUUCUUGCAGACAUAAUUCAGAUGAAUUGGAUUUUGCGGGGGAAUUCUCAUAGUUCAACUUUGAAAUCCGUUAAAAGAGCUUCAUCAAAUGAGUCUUUAAGCAGCGAGGCUUGGUUCUCUGGCCCUGAGCCAGAUGAGGAUGGUUCUGGGGACGAGCCUCAGAAGACGAAACAAAUUGGCUUGCUAAAGGAUUCAGGAGGGCUGACAGGAUCAGUUGAACUUCCUUUGCAAGAAUUAAAAAAAGCGGAUAGUUUAGCUGUGAUAGAACCAGAUUCAUCAAUCUCAUCAGGUUUUUUGACAAGUGGCUUAUCUGCCAAAACUGAUUCCUCAUCAGUAGAGGCAGAUAACACACAGCAUUCAAAAUCAAGCCAAGGUACUCUUUCUAAUGUUGUCAUAGUUGAGCAGCAACUAGAAUCAGCAUUGCCUUCCACCUCAGGCAUUGUAGAGUCAAGAGUAAGGGAUAAGGUGAAAGUGUUGAAACUAAGUGCAUCUUAUCCAGCUGCUGUGAUGAGAGUCGGUUUCUCAUCCGCUGUAACUCAAGAAACAAGUGCAGAGCAAGGCUCUGAUUGACUAGGGAAAGGCGAUAAUUCCAGUUUGGAAAUUUAUGAGCCGCUGUUAUCAUCGACGGUUGAUUCAUCCUUACCUAGGAUUACUGAUCCUGAACAAGUUGAUAGGCCUGGAUUUAGUCCAAUGCUGGAAUUGGAUCCUUUUGGAGACAAGCUACCUGAAGUUGGUGGAAUCAAGGAAACAGGGAUAAAGCAAAGAAAAUUUCAGAGGAAUAAACAAGUUCUUAGCGAGCAGUUUGAUGAGUGGGAAAAAGCAUUUAAGCUAGAAAAUGAACAGAAAAAGCUUGACGAGUUUUUCAUGAGGGAAGCUAUUUUGGAUGCCAAGAACGGUUCAGAUGCCUGGGAAGUACCUGUUGGUGCUGUGCUGGUGCAGAAUGGGAAAAUCAUCGCUCGAGGCUGCAAUAUGGUUGAAGAGUUGAGAGAUUCAACUGCGCAUGCAGAAAUGAUUUGCAUCCGGGAAGCUUCUAAUCUUCUUAGAAGUUGGCGCCUUGCUGAUACAACACUUUAUGUGACACUUGAACCAUGUCCUAUGUGUGCUGGUGCGAUACUUCAAGCCAGAAUUGAUACCGUGGUGUGGGGAGCUCCCAAUAGAUUGUUAGGAGCUGAUGGCAGUUGGGUCAGGCUAUUCCCUGGCGGUGAUGGUGGAAGCAGUAGCAUGAAUCCACCAAGUCAGAUGACUGGACCUGUUCACCCUUUCCACCCAAAUUUAAAAAUAAGGCGAGGCGUCCUAGAAACCGAGUGUGCGGAUGUCAUGCAGCAGUUUUUUAAGCUCAAGAGGAAGAAAGAUAAGAAACCAGAAUCUGCACCGCCACCUUCAUACCUUCCACUAUCAAAUCGCCCAGUGAAGUUCUUUUCCAAGCUGCAUAACAUCUUCUGCAUGAUGUUUUGCUUGUAGCAAUUUCUUUUUUUUCCCCCUUCUACUUCCAUCUGUUAAACAAAAGUACACUUAAGUCUGUUUUAAUAUAAAUUGCCCAAUAAAUUUAGCU